UGUUAAUGGACUACAAGACGAUGCCAUUCUCCGCGCUGCUUCUCUUCACUUCAUAAAUUAGCCGUCCACAUGUCGCCGGCCGCCGGGGUGCGCGUCCCUCUCUUGCCGGGAAGCAAAGCUGCAGUGAAGCCAGCCUCCGUCUCCGGCGCCGUCUUCAAUGUGGCUACGAGUAUAAUUGGUGCCGGAAUUAUGUCCAUUCCAGCGACGCUGAAGGUUUUGGGGGUAAUCCCGGCCUUCGUGCUGAUCCUGGUCAUCGGUUUCCUUGCCGAAGUUUCAGUGGACUUCCUCAUGAGGUUUACACAUUCCGGCAGCACCACCACUUAUGCCGGCGUGAUGAGGGAGGCUUUCGGGCCGGCCGGAGCACUUGCAGCCCAAAUUUGUGUAAUGAUCACAAACCUCGGGUGUUUAAUUAUGUACCUCAUUAUCAUCGGGGAUGUUCUCUGUGGAAAUUCACCUGGUGGUGAGGUUCACCUGGGGAUUCUGCAACAGUGGUUAGGAAUUCACUGGUGGACUUCACGGGAUUUUGCUCUGCUCGUGAUAGUCUUCGUCAUGCUUCCAUUGGUCCUGUAUCGCCGCGUGGAGUCCUUAAGGUUCAGUUCUGCAAUAUCAACUCUCCUAGCAGUGGCAUUCGUUGGCAUAUGUUCAGGGAUGGCAAUCACUGCUUUGAUCUCAGGAAAAACACAUCCUCCGAAAUUGUUCCCUGAAUUAGACCACCGCACCUCCUUUUUUGAUCUAUUCACUGCCGUUCCAGUCAUCGUCACUGCCUUCACCUUUCACUUCAAUGUACAUCCAAUUGGAUUUGAACUUGCCAAGCCGUCCGAUAUGGCAGUGGCAGUUCGAAUAGCAUUAGUUCUGUGCGGUGCCAUAUAUUUUGCAAUAGGCCUAUUUGGGUAUCUUCUGUUUGGGGAUUCAACGCAGUCAGACAUACUCAUCAACUUUGAUCAGAAUACUGCUGGGUCUGCAGCCGGUUCAUUGCUCAACACUCUUGUCCGUUUAAGUUAUGCUUUUCACAUCAUGUUGGUGUUCCCUCUCUUGAACUUUUCUCUGAGAUCCAACGUAGACGAGCUUCUCUUCCCCAAGAGGCCUCUGCUUGCCACGGACAACAGAAGAUUUGUGAUCCUCACUCUGGUGCUUCUCGUCCUCAGCUACCUCAUCGCCAUUGCUCUCCCUGAUAUUUGGUACUUCUUUCAGUUCGUGGGAUCAACCUCUGCAGUGUGCCUCGCCUUCAUCUUUCCUGGUUCUCUUGCUCUUAGGGAUGCUCAUGGUGUAUCAAGGAAAGACAAAAUCACAGCACUCAUGAUGAUCAUCCUGGCUGUGAUUACAAGCGCGAUCGCCAUAUCUACCAACAUAUGCAACUUUUUCGGUAGCAAGUCAUAGAAUUGUUUUUUUUUUUUUAUCAUCAGGGAAAGAUCGAGAAGGCAAGCAUGCCAAUAUGUCAAAUUUGUAACUAUGUAGUACCUUCGCAUGGAUUGGUGAUGGUACAUAUCUUUGGCUUCUAGAGUUUUGGUAUAUAAAAUGGACAAUAUGACGGUGUAGGAUUGUCAAAGGUCAAGCGUGAAUAUACAAAUGGAUCCGGAUAUCCAGCCGAUUGGCUGUAAGUAAA